CAUCAAAAAGAUAGAGAAAAUCUCGAGACUCAAAAUGCAAUUCAUCCAAGCACCUCCGGCCGUAAGGCAAUCUCUCUGUUCACGAGGUUUUUGGACAGCCUCGCGAUGUUAUCGAUGUACAGCGAGCUUUGCGUUUUUCGGUCUCGUACUUCUGAUUCUACUUGGUAUUUUCAUCGUCGGUCCAGCAAUCGACGGCUUGAGCUUGAAGCCCGCAACUUGUACAGUACAGAACACAAAGAUGUCAGAUAAGGCGCAAAGUUGUAGCUGUGGGAAAUAUUGCAGCAGUUCGUUCCCCUGCUUGAAGAUUUAUGUCAGUUAUAAGCCGAAAGGACAAGAUAAAAACGUGUCGAAUGUUCUACUUCACGACACGGUUUAUGAACACAACGACUACAGCCAGUGUUCAACAGCACCAUGUGAACGAAGUCAAGAUAUCAACAAAAUGAGAGUCAAAGACUUCGAAGAUAAUUAUGGUCGACCUGGUCAGCGCUACCCAUGUUAUUAUAACUACAAGAAACCACAAGAGGUUGUAACGACAACUGAAAAUUUCAAAAUGGCAAUUCUUCACUGCAUAUUGUGGCCAACACUUUUAAUAGUGUCAAUGAUUGGUAUAAUGGUUGGCAUGUACCUGUACAGGAACAGAAACACACCAAGCGAUGGACAGGAGGUCCACCUAGUUUGGGAUUAAAACAUUCAACAAUUAGUCCYCUUGUGGACAAAAAAAUGCACACUACAAUUGUUUCCAAAAUGGUUGGAACAAUUCACAAWUUUUUUUCRGAUUAUAAAACAUYGCACAAACAAAUCUUUCACUGCUUAAAGAAUCMCAACCAAYCACAAUACAGCGCACUCUCAUGUUAUUGUUUACGUUUAAAUGCGUCAAGCAUACAAUAGAYUAUAGCUUGAUAGUACCUGUGAGGUACUUAGUUAAAGAUAUUUCUGUCCAAACUUAAAAGGAUGGAAGACGAUUCGAAUAAGCUUAUACAUCAUUACUACAACAACAUUAAUUUUCAGGGGGGUAGGGUUUUUUCAAUGCUUUAAAAGUAAAGYGWCCUGUAUAUUAGCCAUAUUAUAUAGUCUAACUUUGACAACAAUUGUAGCUUCCAAUCACUUCCAAAAAAAAGCAAUAGCCUUUUAUAUUGUUCCCCAGAUCACUACUGAUAAAGCAUCACAUGCUAUUGGUUGAUAUUAUAACACAUUUGUCAACCUUGAAAAAUUCACAAUGGGUUUCCUAGAGGAAUAGUCAGACGUUUGGUAUUAUCUUUAAUGUAACCAUGAAUUUUUCUUUAAAAAUCAUGAGAAAACUAGAUACUGGUAUAUUCCCAAAACCUUACAAUUUUGAACUUAUUUAUUGAGCACUGGGUGUAUAUUAAUAAGGGUGCAAAAUAAUUUCAAAUUAUUAUAAUUAUUAGUUAAAAUAUAGUUUUUAAGGGAAAAACGUUUUUGUAUAGACAGUAUAUAAUUAUUAUGAUACUUUUCAUUGUUUGGAUUCAACUUUUUUAUAUAUUCUUGUUUAGCAUUCCCUGCUGGCAGAGUCUAAGUCUUGUUGUAGUUUCCAACGAAUAUUAGUCAUUGGGAGUUAGAACUGCAAUUUCUUACAAGAGUGUUUUGCAAUACUAAGAUGUCGAUCUUUUGCCAUGUCAAAUGUAAUAAUUAAUAUUGCUUGCCUGUAGAUUACGAGAACUUUGCAUUAUAAAUUAAUUGACAUUUACAAAUUAUAUUGAUUUCUCCUUAUACAAGAAACUAUAUUAAUAAAAUUAGAGUAUGUAAUACUCAUUAACUAAACUUCAGCAAUAUUAGCGGCAAUACGAUGUGAACUGGGACCAAAUCUCUGUAUAAAUAUAUAUCGCCAUUGGUAUUUCAAAAGUGGGGUAUAAAAGUGUCUAAAGAACUGAGCAAAAAAAUCUGAAUGCGCUUGUUUGUUUUCCCAUUCUAAUCCAGCCUACAGUGGUUACAGUCAGUAURCAUACAAGAAUUUAAUUCAUGCUUACACACAACUUAAUAUAUCAUUAUCAAUGAGAAACUAUUUUUUAAAUGGUUAUAAAAGUUCUUAACUUGUUUUUAGACAGAAGUAACCCUGUGAUCUAUUGAAAGCUAAGCUUUCUUCAAUAUAAUGAAAAUAAUUCUAGCUACUGGUAGCUCCKUAUUGCUUCACAUUACAUGUAAAUGGUAUGCUUAAUGUGCAAUAAAAACAAUCAUCAAUAUUCA